AUGAAUAUUUUUGUAGUUCGGUCAGGAGUUCGCCAAGGCAACGGUCAAUAUUCCUGCACUACAUGAGAUUUCCGUCUUAAUUUAGUUUAUAUCUUGACAGUGGCUGACCGCUUAGUCACACUGACUCACUCGACGACUUUUAACCACCGGCUAUCACUGUCAACGGCUGGACUUGUUACCAGCGACCAGUAUCGUUUGUACUUUAAGCUAACGUUAAUCUGCUGUCCGUUAGUAAACAUUACGUUAAUUGUUUGUUCUGUAACGACAGUUUUUGUAUUUAUUCGACAGACACCUGUUGCUGACACAGUCAUCCAGCGAAACCGAAAAGAAAGGGAUUUUACUCUCGGGCAACGUUAACUAAAGCUUUGCAAAAAUAUUGUAUGUCUGAAUUGUAACGUUACCAAUGUAGCCGACGCUAAGCUAAGUCCUUAAGAGCUAACAUUUUGUCACGUUUCGUUGUCACAGUAUUCAAGGUUUUAUGUAAUAAAACACAUACAUGCGACAAUAGAAAAUGGAGGUAGUGUAAAGUAAUGUUGGCUGAUAGUAUAUGAGUGGUGGUCUUGUGCUGAAAGGGGGAAAAGGUGAUGUCUGAGGUCAGGGUUGACUUGUAUGAACAGGAGGCAGGGACAAACUGUGACCAGGGUGGACCCUCUCCUGACCCUGUGAAAUCCCCCACUGUGGAAGCUUCUGGGCCUGACCUGCAGGGUCUUCUGCCUGCGGGUCCCCCAUCCUCAUCAGACGUCAGCCCCUCACCCUCCACUGAGACAAGUGGCUUGUUGUCAUUACCAUGGGAGAUGGUGACCCACAUUGCCUCACACCUUCCCGCUCAGUGUGUCAUCACUGUGCUGCCAAAGGUCUGUCAUGCACUGGGCAAUGUGGGUAAGGACAACACCGCUUGGCAACUCAGGGCACGCAGACUAAUAGGAUCCCGAGCUGGCUUCCCAGUGGGGCCAAGGGAGGACUUUGACUGGCCUUCCGCAUGCCUAGAGAUGGAGCAGCUGAUAACCUGCUGGACAGGACAAGCACACCUUGUGGCCAGACAGACCCAGGAGGAUGCGGGUGAAAGGGACCAAGUGAGGCAGCAGCAAAGGGCAGGGCAGGAUGGGGAAGCCAUAGCAGAAGCGCAGGAAGAUGGUAGAGAGGAUGAGGUGGAAGGGGUGGGAGUGGAAGCGCAGGAGGUUGCGUAUGAUGUUGAUGAAGGGAUGGAGGUGGCAAUGGAGGGUGAGGAUGAGGAAAUGCAGCCCAUCAUCGCAGGUGGAGAUCAACUGGCACGAUUGAGAGAGGAGUUUGAAGAGAGGCUGGAGGAUGAUGCAGCAGCACUAAUGGAAGAAGAAAGGGACCACGCGAUGGUGUUUGGUGGUAACGAGGGGCAAGAUGAUGCUCUUAAUCACCAAGAAGACUUGGUGGACCCCAGGAAUCUGGGUAAUGGAAGACAGGGAGCAAUGGAGCAACGUCAGACCCCCAGAAGUCCUAGCCCACCUCCAGCGCUGGAGUGCAUCACCCUACCUUCAGGCCACAUUGCCCAGGUCAACUCAGUGCUCCUUGUGGGGGGAGUGGGGGCAGUUUGUGCCACAGGCUCCAGAGACUGGAAUGUCAAACUGUGGGAUCUACAGGCAGGCCCUAGUGGCACGCUGCUGCAUACACUGGGAGGACAAGGUGACUUCAGCACUCAUCGGGGCUGGGUGUGGUGCCUGGCAUCUCAGGGGCCUCUGUUGGCCUCAGGCGGGUUCGACAGUACGGUGAGGCUGUGGGACCUACAGGCCGGUGGUGCAGAGAGGGGCCUGAUCAGGGCUGGAGCUGCUGUCCUCUGCCUGUCCUGUCAGACGGAUGUAUUGCUGGCUGGUACAUUUGACAAGAGGGUCAGCAUGUAUGACACCAGAGCUGCUGAGCCCCUGGUAAAAAGCCUCCGUCUCCAUGGUAACGCUGUAAUGUGCCUAGCUGCAGAUGACAAGUACAUCAUCUCUGGGAGCAAAGACUGCACUGUGGCCAUCUAUGACCGUAGGGCAGGCAAGGGCUUGAAGAAACUUCGGCUGAGCUCUUACCUGCUGUCCAUGAGCUACAGUGGCUGUGAGGUAUGGGCAGGAGACAACAGCGGUAUGCUCCACUCCUUUUCCAUGCAGGCGGGGACCCUAAAACCCCUGUCCCAGUUUGAUGUGGGACACACAGCUCUGGUCACUGGCAUCCACAGGUCCCCUGGGAGCCUCUACACCUGUUCAUCUGAUCGCACUGUCAAGGUCCAUAUCCCUUGUGCUCCUCCGAGGACGUUAUGCACACUGAAUCACCAAACUGCAGUCAAUGGGGAGAUCUUACCCGCUCACAAAAGUCACAUAGUGCAAGAACAGGUGCUCGGGGCACAGCGUGGAAAUCAAACGGGCACCAUUUUCCCUAUUACAAAUCGUUCUACCAAUAGAAUGAUUUUGAAGCUGUUAUUCCAAGGUAAAAACUUGCAUAAUGUUGCUUUAAUACAGUUGUUAGUGUGGUUUUGCUAUGUUUUUAAAGACUAUUCCAGGCUCAUCGUUAUUUCUGAAAUGUUCUUCCUCUUCUUUCUUCAACCAUCAGCUCAGUGUGGAGGCUGGAGUCCUCGCCGUAGCCUCAGGGGAUGUGUCUGUGGAGGUCUGGAGGCCCAGAAAAUGAACACUUGAAAGCAGGUGGUGAGGCCAUCUGAAGCCUAUCGACACCACGCUGACAUCGUUAGCAUUUUGAAAUUUACAACAACUACAUAACUGAAACAAAGAAACAGCUCUCUUGCUCUGCAGGCUGGCUUUAUCAAGACAGAUGUUAGCAGUAACUGAUCAAAUGGACACAGGCAGGUAGGACUGGAAGUAAAGACAGUGGAGCUGUGUGUGGUACAUACUGUAUGGCCAAACUGAUUAUUUUAUUUUGCAGCUCUGCCAAACUGACAUGUUGGAAAUAGUCACUACCAGUUGUUUAAUUUAGUUGUAAUGCUGAUUAAUUUUUAAUCCAUUCUUCUUUGUUCUUGUGUUUAUGUAUUGUUACGUGGUAGAGGUGAGGUUGGGAAGGUUCAAAUCACUUGCGUAUUGAGAUUAACCUUUUUUUUUAUUCCUUGUUUGAUCCUGUUGGGAGAUUUAUUUAUAUUGUGAACACAAGAAAUGUGUUUGUUGUUAAUGUUUGUCUCAUUCACAUAUGUACCAUUUUGUGCCAGAACUCAAACCUUACAAAGACAUUUGUGGAAGUUUGUCUCUCCUCUUUUAGAUACUGUGUGUUUUUAUCAUGUUUACAUGCUCCAAAAUUCAUUCAAAGUCCAUUACUAUAACUGACAUCGUACCGAAAGCAUUAGUUACUUGUCAUGUACAGUGUAAUACUUAUAUCCAGGUCCUCUGUGACAUGCUGAUUGUAUUUGUAAAGCUAUUUAUUUGAACACUCUCCUCAGUGCUUUUCAAUAGGUAUGUCUGCCGUGUGUGUGUUAGGUUUAAAGGACUAUUUAAUUGCUUGUAUGAAUCUAACUAUUAAUAAUUUGCACAAUACUUGACUGAUGCAUUCAUGAAAACACAUUUAAAGACCAUUUCCACAGAAGACGCCAUCAAAUGGCCUGAAAAUGUAGAGUCUGACUUGUUGGCUGAACGUGUUCGCUGUUCUGUUUGGAGUUACCACUGAACAGCUUUGUGGUGAAUGUUUGGACAAAGCAGUUAU